UUGUGAACUCACCCUCCUUUUCCUUAUGCCAUUCCCCAUUUACAUUUUCAAAUAAUCCCCCAUUUCCCCAUUCUCCCUAUGUUCUUCAAUUGGGUACAUUUCUAAAUCCAAAUCCAAAUCCAGAAUACCCAUUUGAAAACCUUCAAACAACAAUAAUGGGUUUCUUAAAAGGAUCAACUUGGGAACCAGUAAUGACAAAAAACACAUCUUCAUCAAGCUAUUGGAUCAAUUGGAGAGUUCUGGUUUGUGCAAUAUGGUUAAUCAUUCCUCUAGUUUUCUCAUUUUUUCUCAUUUCAAAAUACGAAGGUCCACAUAAAGGGAAAAACAGAGUCCAUUUUGAAAAUAAUACAGUUCCAGUUCCAGAGGAAGAAGAUGAAGAUGAAGAAGAAGAUGCAGGAAUAUUGUAUGAAGAUGAAGUUUGGCGGCCAUGCUUAAAAGGGAUUCAUCCGGUUUGGCUUCUUGCAUUUCGCGUUUUAGCGUUCGUCGUGAUUCUCAGCGUUCUGGUUUUGAACGUUGCCGUUGACGGCGGCGAUAUUUUCUACUAUUAUACUCAAUGGAGUUUUGCAUUAAUCACCAUUUACUUUGGGCUUGGAUCAGUGCUCUCUAUGUAUGGUUGUUACCAAUUUCUCAAGAGAGUUGGAGGCAACACUAUGAGUAAUCAAGUAACCGACGCUGAGAUCGGAACGAGUACAAUGUUGUCUAAUGGCGCAAAAGAAGCACCCGAAAAUCGUCGACAAAUUAUUGCUGGUUUUUGGGCUUAUCUGUUCCAAAUAAUUUUUCAGAUGAAUGCAGGUGCUGUGAUUCUUACUGAUUGCGUCUUUUGGUUGAUUAUCGUCCCAUUCUUGGAGAUCAAAGAUUGUAAUCUUAACUUCUUCAUCAUAAAUAUGCACACCAUUAAUGCCAUUUUUUUGCUUGGUGAUACAGCUCUCAAUUCAUUGAGAUUUCCUUGGUUUCGAAUAUCUUACUUUGUUAUUUGGACUGUGAUUUACGUGAUAUUUCAAUGGAUAGCUCAUGUUUGCAUCCCGCUAUGGUGGCCAUAUCCAUUUCUUGACUUAUCAUCUACAUUUGCUCCCUUAUGGUAUUUUUUGGUGGCUUUGAUGCACAUUCCAUGCUACGGAGUUUUCAUUUUGAUCAUGAAGCUAAAGUACGUCUUACUCUCGAAAUGGUUUCCCGAUUCCUACAUGUGCAUGAAGAGCUAGAAUUGGAGAUUGAUACAAUUUUUAUGGGCUAAGAAUUAUGGUUAAUUUCUUCCAUAAAGAAGAUAAAGUGUUGUAGAUUUUUUGCUACAAUUAAUAGUAUAUAGUACAAUUGUUGUUAAUAUUUAAUACAUCAUCAUCAUACAACACAAGGAAAUUGAAGUGUUUUUCAAAUUGACC